AUGGCACGAAAUUUAAGGAAUAGACGCGGUAGCGAUAUUGAAGAUACAAACAACGCAAAGAUCGAGUAUGAAACACAGAUUAAAGACGAAAAUGGCAUAAUCCAUACAACUUCUCGUUCUUUGAGGAAAAUAAACUACGCAGAAAUUGAGAAAGUGUUUGACUUUUUGGAAGAUGACCAAGUUAUGGACAACAAUCAAAGUGAGGUCAAAGAUGAGACACCCGUUGAGGUUACUAGUGACGAACAUCGUGACAACAACAAUAAUGGCCAUGAUGAAGAUGACGAUGAUGUUGUACUACCACACAAAUCCACUAGGAUAAAUGAGGAGUUUACUAAUGAAAGAAAUUUAAGAAAAAGAAAAGCGCAUGAUCCAGAGGAAGAUGAUGAAAGUUUUCAUGAGGAAGAUGUUGACGAUGAGGAGGAGGAAGAAGAGGCAGAUGAAUUUGAGGAUGAGUAUUUGGAUGAAGACUCGAAAGAUAAUAAUCGUCGGCGCAGAGCGGCCGAUAGGAAAUUUGUAGUGCCAGACCCUGAUGACGAUGAAGAAUACGAUGAGGAUGACGAAGAAGGAGAUAGAAUAAGUCACUCAGCUUCUUCCAAACGUUUGAAAAGAACAAGUUCUCGAAGAACAAGGUCCUCACGUCACCCAGAAACCCCACCACCGGUAAGAAGAGAAUUAAGAAGUAGGACAAGACAUUCGCGUACUUCAAAUGAAGAAAAUGAAGACGUGAAUGAAAAUAACAGAAAUGAAGCGUUAACUUUGGCUGAUGAAAUUAGGGAGUUACAGGAAGAUAGUCCUAUCAGGGAAAAAAGAUUUCUUCGCGAAAGAACUAAACCAGUAAAUUACAAAUUACCACCACCACUAACAGCUAGCAACGCAGAGGAAUUUAUGGAUAAGAAUAACAAUGCACUUUCUUUUCAUAACCCAUCACCUGCACGGCGUGGUCGCGGUGGCUGGAAUGCUAGUCAGAAUUCUGGUCCAACAAGAAGGCUGUUCCCCACAGGUGGGCCAUUUGGUGGUAAUGACGUAACUACAAUUUUUGGUAAGAACACAAACUUUUACAACCAAAUCCCAUCCGCAUUCAAUGAUAAUGGCAACAAUAAACUGAUAUUAGAUUCCGAUUCUUCUGAUGAUGAAAUAUUGCCUCUUGGCGUUACGCCAAAAAUAAAGAAAGUAAACGCUCAAAAAAAGAAAAAGAAAAAACCAGAGAUUGCAGAUCUCGAUCCAUUAGGUGUUGAUAUGAACGUGAAUUUUGACGAUAUAGGUGGUCUAGACAACUAUAUUGAUCAAUUGAAGGAAAUGGUGGCCUUACCGCUAUUAUACCCAGAAUUAUACCAAAAUUUCAAUAUCACACCCCCACGGGGUGUUCUUUUCCAUGGUCCGCCUGGUACGGGUAAAACACUUAUGGCAAGAGCGUUGGCAGCAAGUUGCUCUUCUAAUGAGCGGAAGAUCACAUUUUUUAUGCGUAAAGGUGCAGAUAUUUUAUCCAAGUGGGUCGGUGAAGCUGAAAGACAACUCCGUUUGUUAUUCGAAGAAGCCAAGAAGCAUCAACCCUCCAUCAUUUUUUUUGAUGAGAUCGACGGGUUAGCGCCCGUGAGAAGUUCCAAACAAGAACAGAUCCAUGCUAGUAUCGUGUCUACAUUGUUGGCAUUGAUGGAUGGUAUGGACAACAGAGGUCAAGUAAUUGUCAUUGGAGCCACAAAUCGACCUGAUGCAGUGGAUCCCGCUUUAAGGAGGCCGGGGCGAUUUGAUAGAGAAUUUUAUUUUCCGUUACCUGAUGUUAAAGCACGUUUUAAGAUUUUGCAAAUUCAGACCAAGAGAUGGAGUUCACCAUUGUCGAGCGACUUCAUCAAUAAAUUGGCUUUCUUGACUAAAGGUUAUGGUGGUGCAGAUCUGAGGUCUUUAUGCACCGAAGCUGCUCUGAUAAGUAUACAAAGGAGCUUUCCCCAAAUUUAUAGAUCAAAUGAUAAACUCCUAGUGGACCCUUCUAAGAUUAAAGUCAAAGUUAGCGAUUUCAUGUUAGCUUUAAAAAAAAUUGUUCCAUCAUCUGCGAGAUCUACUGGUAGUUCUCCUCAGCCAUUGCCUGAAUUAAUCAAACCAUUACUGUCGGAUCAAGUUAAUGAUCUGAAGGAUAAGCUGGACUAUAUGCUGAACAUGAAUGACACUGCUUUUCACAGAAAUACAUCAUUGCUACAAAAUUUCAUUGAUUAUGAGGAGAUCAGUGAAGAGGAAGAAGAGGAAGAGAAAUGUAAUAGGAACGAUGAUACAAACAGUUUUAAAUCAUACGAGUUUUUCCAAUCGAUGGCCGAAUCACAAAUUUGUAAGCCUCGGUUAUUGAUAAACGGACCCAAGGGAAAUGGUCAACAAUAUGUCGGAGCCGCAAUUUUAAAUUAUUUAGAAGAAUUCAAUGUCCAAAACCUGGACUUGGCUUCUUUAGUUUCGGAAAGUUCUAGGACUAUUGAAGCUGCCGUAGUACAAAGUUUUAUGGAGGCAAAGAAAAGGCAACCUUCAGUUAUAUUCAUUCCUAAUUUGGACAUUUGGAUUAAUACUAUUCCAGCAAACGUUAUUUUAGUCUUAUCAGGCUUAUUCAGGUCCUUACAAAGUAACGAAAGAAUUCUUCUAUUAUGUCUGGCUGAAGAUCUUGAUAUAUCUGAAGCUGGGAAUGGCAUUUUGUCGGAUUUCGCUUUUGAUAAAAAUACCUUUCAACUCCAUAAACCAUCGGAAAAUAAUAUAACAAAAUACUUUUCUAACUUAAUUGAACUAUUGAAAACAAAACCAAGCAAUAUUCCCAUGAAGAAGAGAAGAGUCAAACCCUUACCUGAGUUACAGAAAGUAAGUUUAAAUGCGACAUCAACAAAUUUUGAUGAAAAUGGUAAGCCAUUGUCUGAAAAAGAAGUACUAAGAAGGAAGUUGAAAUCGUUCCAACACCAGGAUAUGAGAUUAAAAAAUGUGUUAAAAAUCAAACUAUCGGGCUUAAUGGAUCUUUUCAAAAACAGGUACAAGAGGUUUAGAAAACCACCCAUCGAUGAUGCAUUUUUGGUCCAUCUUUUUGAACCAGAGACAAACAAUGAUCCUAAUUGGCAACCUGCUUAUACAAAAGAUGAGAACAUGAUUCUGGAGGUUUCAACAGGACGAAGAUUUUUUAACAUGGAUUUGGAUAUCGUCGAAGAGAGGCUUUGGAAUGGUUAUUAUUCAGAACCAAAGCAAUUUUUAAAAGACGUUGAGCUGAUAUACAGGGAUGCAAAUACCAUUGGAGACAGAGAACGUGUCAUUAAGGCAUCUGAGAUGUUUGCCAAUGCACAAAUGGGUAUUGAAGAAAUUUCGACCCCAGAUUUUAUCCAGGAAUGCAAAGCUACUCGCCAAAGAGAUUUGGAAAGACAAGAGCUCUUUUUAGAAGACGAAGAGAAAAGAACUGCAAUUGAGCUAGAAGCCCAACAACAGGAACAACAAAGUAUAUUACAAGAACCUGACUCAAAGGACAACCAGGUUAAUGAAUUUGGUGUGGGCGCUGGUAAUCAACUGCAAGCUCAACUGCAAACCGCUAUUGGUACCACACCUAUUGUUAAUAACAACGGAGUUCCUGAGCCAAUCGAUACCCACCUAUAUAAAAAGGAGAAGUUUACCACAGUACCUUCCGCAAUAGGUAAGGAAGAAUCACUCACUUCUGAGGAUGGUGGCGCUCACAAAGAAUGCUCAACAGAAUUGAUACAGCCUACUUACAUAUCGGAGGUAGUCACCAAUGAUGAUAAAAGGGCCGGAAAAGAAGGAAAGGAGAAAGGUGCGUCCUUACAAACGCACGUUACCAAAGAAAACUUCAGUGAAACGGAAACUAAUGUUAAUGAUGUAGAUCAAGUAACAGAAAUUUCAUUGGUUAACAAGCCGAGAACUGGAACAUUAAAUUCUAUCCAUGAAAAGGAAGAAGGAAGAGAACCAAGUGCAAUAUCAAAAGAGGCUGUAAACCCGGCACGAGAGAAGAAGAGCGAUAAGGAGAUUAUUUUAACCCCUGAACAAAUAAAAAAAAUAUCUACAUGCUUAAUUGAACGCUGUCAAAAUUUUACAGUCUCCCAAUUAGAAGAUGUUCAUUCAUCCGUUGCAAAAAUAAUAUGGAGAAGUAGAUCAAUAUGGGAUAAAACAGAGACUGUCAAUGAAAUAAUAAAAUAUUUAUCUGAAUAG